AGGAGUAGCUGUAAUCUGAAGCCUGCUGGACGCUGGGUUGAAAGGCUGCUUGCUGGAGCCCCUCAGUGUGCAGGCUGAGAGUUUCCUGAGCUGGGAGUGGAGCUGCCGAGAAGCACAGGUCCAGGAUGCAGGUUCUCGUGCUACUGCUCUGGAUGGGAGCCCUACUUGGGCACAUCAGCUGCCAGAAUGUCGCUGGCAGUUCGGAGGGUUCCUUGGAUCCUGACAGCACAGGGGCACCAGUGGAGGAGGAGGACCCCUUCUUCAAAGUGCCUGUGAACAAGCUGGCAGCAGCUGUCUCCAACUUUGGCUAUGACCUGUAUCGCCUGAGAUCCAGCGCGAGUCCCACUGCCAACGUGCUGCUCUCCCCGCUCAGCGUGGCCACCGCUCUCUCUGCCCUUUCACUGGGAGCGGAGCAGCGAACUGAAUCCACCAUUCACCGGGCUCUUUACUAUGACUUGAUCAGCAACCCUGACAUCCACAGCACCUACAAGGAACUCCUUGCCACCGUCACCGCCCCCCAGAAGAACCUCAAGAGUGCUUCCCGGAUUGUCUUUGAGAAGAAGCUGCGGAUAAAAUCCAGCUUUGUAGCACCCCUGGAAAAGUCCUACGGGACCAGGCCCAGAAUCUUGACUGGCAACCCUCGUGUGGACCUUCAGGAGAUUAACAACUGGGUGCAGGCCCAGAUGAAAGGGAAGAUUGCCAGGUCCACAAGGGAAGUGCCCAGUGAAAUCAGCAUUCUCCUUCUCGGCGUGGCUUACUUCAAGGGGCAGUGGGUAACAAAGUUUGACACCAGAAAGACUUCCCUGCAGGAUUUCCACUUGGAUGAGGAAAGGACCGUGAGAGUCCCCAUGAUGUCAGAUUCCAAGGCCAUUUUACGCUACGGCUUGGAUUCUGAUCUCAACUGCAAGAUUGCCCAGCUGCCCUUGUCUGGAAGCAUGAGUAUCAUCUUCUUCUUGCCCCUAAAAGCGACCCAGAACUUGACCAUGAUAGAAGAGAGCCUCACUUCUGAGUUCAUUCAUGACAUAGACCGAGAACUGAAGACUAUCCAAGCAGUCCUGAGCAUCCCCAAGCUGAAGCUGAGUUAUGAAGGCGAAGUUACCAAGUCCAUACAGGAGAUGAAGCUGCAAUCCUUGUUUGAGUCACCAGACUUCAGCAAGAUCACAGGCAAACCUAUCAAACUAACUCAAGUGGAACACAAGGCUGGUUUUGAGUGGAAUGAGGAUGGGGCAGGAACCACCCCCAGUCCGGACCUCCAGCCUGCCCACCUCACCUUCCCCCUGGAAUAUCACCUUAACCAACCUUUCAUCUUUGUACUGAGGGACACCGACACAGGAGCCCUUCUCUUCAUAGGCAAAAUUCUGGACCCCAGGGGCACUUAAUGCUCCACUUCAACAUUCUAGAACCCUAGCAGUAAACCCCAGAGGGAUGGCAGAUUAUACAUUACAUGAAGGAUGCCCCUAGUUUCAAUGUAUACUUUGCAAUAAAAGAGUUUUCUCCUUAA